GAGACAUCACAACAGAGCACUCGAAGUUCGAGUUCAACAUUCGGAAAAGGUCCCGCCGAAGACGUCCGUUCUCAUGGAACCUUGACAGUGCCAGCUGUACUUAGCAGUAAAAUACCAAACUUUGCUGUUUCGCUUGUCCGAAUACUCGUGCAACCACCUCCGAUUACGUCCGACUUUGGAGGCUGCAAGGGCCAGGUUCGAAUUGCUGACUACGCACGGCGGUCGACACUGGUGGUUCAGUACGUGUCAAAGCCUCUAGGGGCUAUAUUGACUCGGAAAGAAGGGGUGCGCCCAGAUCCGAACUACCCAACAAGACAGCUACCCGUACCGCAAGCACCGGGCUUGGCGUGUGUAGUCUCGAUAUCCUGAACCCUCUUCACCCAUGUUCCGUCGGACGUUAGGAGCCUUUCAGGCUCUUUCGCUUGGCAGGUCAGAGGCUCAGCCAGCGCUUCUGGCGAUGAGGAGUUCACUAAGGCAAGCAUGGAAGAGGACAGAUAACGGGCCGAACACCCAGGGCCUGCGCUAUCUUUGGGCGAGUACUUCGAAUUCCUCCUCUCGACCGCUCCAGAGGCUUGGAAGCAACAUGGCUGCAUCGAGGGCGUUGCUCAGACCACGACUUCCGACCGCAAACAUACGAUCCGCUGCGCCCCGGCGCACCUUUCACUCAUCGAAAUCGAGGCGCUCAAACAAGGAGAAACCAGAUGCUUCCCCAAAAGAGGCAGAGAUACCAGACGAGUCUCUCUCGCUGAGCCAGCGCAUGCGGAAACUUACUCGCGUAUACGGAAGGGCAACCAUCUUCGUAUAUCUUGCCCUUUCAAUAGCGGACUUCCCCUUCUGCUUCCUGCUGGUCCGGUUUGUUGGGACAGACAAGAUAUCCGAAAUAGAGCGUUUGGUUGUGUCCAAUGUAUCGCAAUUCGCACCGGAUAGCGUCAAGGACUUGUGGCACCAAUGGAAGUCUUGGAGGGCACAGGGAGAGGAAGCCAAGGAGGCUGUAGAAGGCGCCCCGAGAAGAGAAAUCUCCACGGACGACAAAUGGGGUGUCAAGGAGGCUCAGGAAAACCACAAGGAGGAAGCUAGUCUGGCAACCCAGUUAGCUUUGGCAUAUGCCGUUCAUAAAAGCUUCAUCUUCAUACGGGUGCCUCUGACAGCUGCGGUUACACCACGCGUUGUAAAAACAUUGAGAUCAUGGGGUUGGGACAUUGGAAAGAAGGUGUCUAAAUCCUAAUGCCCUCGCAGUGUCUCACGGCCCCUCGGGGUGACAGUUAAACGCCUACGACGCUGCCGAAAGCCCGUUUUGUAUACAAGUCACUUCGCGUGAGCGGGCGUCCCGGUAAAGAGGAUUCCCGGCACAGACGGCGUCAUAACAUCUGUUUUGGCCGCUAACGGCAAUACAGUGAAUAAUCUACGCCAUUGGCCUUGUACCUAUAUGCACGACAUUGUACACCACUUAGACAGAUUCAUCAACGUCAAAUAGACUAAUUUACCUGG